UCCUCGUUUCUCAACGAAAAUCUUCAGCAACAGCAACCACAACCGCUGAUCGUCUUCAAUCAACUCUCUUCUCUCUCAAAUUCCUAGGCAACUCUAACCUUUGCCCUGGAUUCUGAUCUUCAAAUCUCUUCCUCGAGCUUCAGUCAUGGCGCUUGCUGAAGAAGCUUCCGUAGCUAUCGAAUUGGUUUCUGAUCCUCCCGUCACGGAACCGGUCGAAGAGAAACCGGCAACAAAGGCUACGAAGGCAAAGAAAACUACAACUAAGAAAGAGCCCAAGGAGCCAAAAGCUAAGAAGCCUGCCGGUGCGAGGAAAGCUAAAGCUUCUGCACAUCCUCCAUACAUCGAGAUGAUCCAAGACGCGAUCGUGUCUCUGAAGGAGAGAACUGGUUCGAGUCAGUAUGCAAUUACGAAGUUCAUCGAGGACAAAGAGAAGACGAACCUUCCCCCGAACUUUAAGAAGCUUCUCCUCUUCCACCUGAAGAAGCUCGUUGCAGCAGGGAAGCUUGUGAAGGUUAAAAAUUCGUUUAAGCUGCCAUCUACUCGUCCUGCCACGCCUAAGCCAGCAGCUGCUUCCGCUCCCAAGAAAGCUGUUGCUGCGAAGCCGAAAGCCCCUGCUAAGCCGAAGACUGCAGCCAAGCCUAAAGCCGCGCCUGCUAAGCCAAAGCCAAGGGCAAAGCCUAAAGCUGCUGCUAAACCGAAAACAAAAACUGUUGCCCCAGCCAAGCCAAAGGCUGCAGCGAAGCCGAAACCUGUGGCCAAGCCAAAGGCUGCUGCCAAGCCUAAGCCUAAGCCUAAGCCCAAGCCCAAGCCUAAGGCAAAGGCUAAGCCAGCGCCCAAGGUUGCAAGAACUUCUACUAGGUCUUCUCCAGGUGCGAAGAAACCGGCGGCUUCGAAGCCGGUUGCUGCGGCGUCUAAGAAAGCACCGGCGAAGAGUGUGAAGAAACCAAAGAGUGUGAAGUCGCCGGUGAGGAAAGCUCCGGCAAGAAAGGCAGCGAAGAAGUGAAAAGAAGUUUGGAUUUCUGGUAGAAGAAAAGUUCAGUUGUGUAAAGUUAAUAGCAGUUGGGCAUUGUUAGGUUGUAAAAUGCCCAAAAGUUAUAAAAAUGAAUGGAAAAUUUGUAUAACACUAGUGUAGUAAUCUCCUUGAUUUCUUUGAA